AUGGCAAUUCUCUCCUCUAACCUGGUUAAUUCAAUCAGGGUUGCAUUCUAUGCGUUUGUGUCAUAUCUUCUGCUUACAGAUCCCAAGUCGGUUCUUGAGUACGAAGGGUUGAUUAUCCUAGCUUCGUCUAUGAACAUGCCCCUGUUGUUAACUACUGAAGGAUCGUCGAUCUACGGGGCCCUGGCGUUGCUCUUGUUCAUGACUGCACUUAGCGACCUGGUGCCUCUGUUGGAUGGAAAUCAUGGCUAUUUUGAGGCAACUAUCCCAACGAGGCUUCUUGUCCACUUCGCUCUGGUAUUCUACUCAUACAUGGGAGGGAACCCGAUUAUCUCCAAUUCGUUGAUCUUUGGCUACUGCUUCAUGGAGAUCUGGUUUUCUGUCUUGAUCUUCAGCUCGCUGAGGGAGGAAAAAGUGGAAAGAUUGAAAAAAGAGCAGAAGAAGGCUUUGGAUUUGAAGGAGAAGUACGAAAGAGGCGAGCUCAAUGAGGAAGAGGAAGAGAAACUCACUAGGGACCUGCAGGAGAUCGAAAUGAAGAAGAUUAUGAAGGAGUUUGAAGAUGAAUAG